AUGCUAAAAAUUGCCAAGAAUGUUGUGACAAGACUGGCACAGGUGCGCCAACCUCUGAGAGAACUUCUGAAACAGCAGACCCGCUCGUACGGUGAAUUUAAUGUAAACAUUCCACUCGCAGCACCGACUACAGACUUAAAUAUGGGCAUACCAUUCAAGGGCGAUAAAAUUUUGGUAACCUACAUCUGGAUCGACGGUACAGGCGAAAAUAUGCGAGAAAAGACCCGAACUCUUGACAAAGAUCCUGGCGCUCCUGAAAAUUAUCCCAGGUGGAGCUUUGAUGGGUCAUCUACGUACCAAGCAUUCAAAGGAGAAGACUCUGAUAUGAUCUUGAAGCCAGCUGCCGUCUAUCCUGAUCCGUUCUUUGGAGGAAAUCAUAAACUGUUGCUCUGCGAAGUGCUCGAUGCGCAUGAAAAACCUUCAAAGACAAAUCAUCGCUACAAGUGCAAAGAAGUAAUGGACAAAAUCGACCACACUGUCCCAAUGUUCGGCAUGGAGCAAGAGUAUCUUUUCCUAGAUCGAGAUGGGCAUCCGCUGGGAUGGCCAAAAUUUGGAUUCCCAAAGCCACAAGGCCCGUACUACUGUGCUGUGGGAGGUGACAGGAUCUUUGGCCGUGAGAUUGUGAAUACACACUAUCGUGCCUCGUUGUAUGCAGGGCUCGAAAUAUUUGGAAUAAAUUCUGAAGUCACUCCGGGACAGUGGGAAUACCAACUUGGACUGUGCCGAGGUAUUGCAAUGGGAGACCAGAUGUGGAUGUCUCGAUAUUUGCUACACAGAGUAGCUGAACAGUUCGGUGUCAGCGUCACGUUUCAUCCCAAACCGGCGAUCACCAGAGGAGACUGGAAUGGAGCCGGAUGCCAUUGUAAUUUCUCUACGGAAGAAAUGCGAAGUGAAGGAGGUAUUAAGGCUAUUGAAGCGGCAAUGCCAAAACUUGAAGCCACCCAUAAGGAAUGUAUACGUGUCUAUGAUCCACAUGACGGAGAGGACAAUAAAUUCAGACUGACCGGAAAGCAUGAAACAAGUUCGUAUGACCACUUUUCAUGGGGAAUCGCGAACCGAGCUGCAUCCGUUCGACUUCCCAGGAGUGUAUCCACUGCCAAAAAGGGUUACCUGGAAGAUCGACGUCCGUCAUCAAAUUGUGAUCCAUAUCAAGUCACACGAAUGAUCGCAGAGAGUAUUCUUCUCAGAUAG